CCGAAACGGUGCUAUUUUCAUGGAUCUUGUUCUGCUUCGCUAUUUAACCUUCCAAAGGACGUGACACAAAGAGAGAAGUGGUUAAAAUUCAUUUUUAAUCAUGUUCCAGAAUAUUACAAAAAAGAUAUCACUCUCUGUGCACAGCAUUUUACAAAGGACAGCUUUCAAAAUUGGUCGCAGUUCAGGGCUGGAUUUAGCCAAAAACUUCUCCUCAAAGAAGGAGCAGUACCUACGAUAAAAGACGAUGCUGGGGAUUGUGAGCUACAACCUGUAAGUAUUUCUAUUUGUUGCAAUAUCUUACAUGCAUAGUUUCUAGCAUUCAUUGUAGGCUAUGUUGUAGUACGGACGUAAACCAGGAUAUAAACCACGAGAAACGCGGUUUGUCUUUAGCAAUUGGUUUUGUCUUUGUCAAUUGUUAGUCUUUAGUUUGUUGAGGUGGUCUCUAAGUAACAAAGUUAUGAACCGGGAGGAGUAUGGAUCGGCGAUCAGAAGCUAUACCAAAGUAAAUGCGCUAGCUUGUGUAUGAUAUUACGGAAGUUUUCCUGUGGAAAUAACAACGGGAGGGUGGCAGAAGAUGAGUGUGAAAUACGAGAAACUCUCGGGAAAAAACGGGAGUUUAGCAGGUAUGAUUUAGCUAACGUUACAAACAUACGUAUCGGUUUUAUCCCUGUAAUUAUCCACGCUCGUCACCAGCAAACACGAUGUAUAUGUAUGCGGAAACAUUGCGUGAGUUUUACAAUUGAAAUAGUGGAGUAUAUUAUGUACAGACAUCCGAAGUCUCCCUGAGGCGCCGCCACAGCCCCCUCCUCCCCCGCUAGCUAUUCAUCUUUGUCGUGAAAUCUCCCACUCUCGCUUUUUCUGUACGUCGCUUUUCAAACUACUUUUAUCAACUUGGGAAGGUUGUACAUAUACUGAUAAUGCUUUGAAAUAGCCGCAAGUUGCUACGAUGAUGUACAUCUGCUUAAAAAAACACAUGCUGGAAAUGUAUGUUUUGCUGCAGGUUUCAAUGGGUUUGCUGGUCUCAAUAUUGGUCAGGGCCAACACUGAGAACAGCUAGACCAGCACUGAAAACAGCAUCAAAACAUAUCUUACUAGCAUGUGAUUUUUUUAUAGCAGGGGUGGCAAUUAAAAAAUAAACAAACACAUGCUUUUUAUUUUUACCAGACAACAUCUCAACAGGUUACCAGCUCCCCAGACCUACCUUCCACACCUACACAUGUAGAAGUUGCAUGUCAGGUAGACAUUAAAGAGACUGUGACAGUAGCCACCAAAACAUCACCAAAUGUGCGAUCAGUGGGUACACAAGUUUCUUUUCGUACUUUGCGGGACAUCCAUGUAAGAAGCAAAGGUAUUCAGGCGAAAGUGUCUUGUCGUAAUGUUGGCACAGAAACUAUUUCUUUGCCAGAUAUGCAGCUCUCUUCAACACCAAUUAAGGGUUCAAUCUUUAGGCCAAGCAAGCGACCUCGUCUUUUGUUGGAGGAGGAGGAUGACAACAAUGAUGAUGAGGACGAAGAGUCUGAUUUGCAUGUAGAACCACAUGACUACACUUAUAAUCCGGAAUCUGUUGUCACGGAAGAUUCACAGUCAGUGUUAGAUCCAGAAUCAAACUACAUGGACAACAAAUACAUUGUAUUUGAAAGCUGCCUUAUAGACUUGUUUGGUUCCUGUCCCGUCUGUAAGACAAAGUGUGCCAUCCGAAAAAGACAAAUGGGGACUUUUAUUGCAUUCACACAGCUGUGUGACAAGUGUAACUACCUACGACAGUGGCAGAGCCAGCCCAUAGUAGGUAGUACUCCAGUCGGAAACCUGAUGUUGUCUGCUGCUACAUAUUUCACUGGUGGAUCAUUCAUUCAACUACAGAGGGUUUUCAAGGCCAUGAAUCUUCAAACGAUUCAGUACUCUGCUUUCAGGAACCAUGCCAGAAAUUUUUUAGAACCUGCCAUCAUACACAAGUGGAAUCUAGAGCAACAAAAUAUUUUUACACAGCUAAAAAAAGAGGGAGCGGUUGCAUUAGCAGGAGAUAUGAGAGCUGACACACCAGGACAUUCAGCAAAAUUUGGCAGCUACACAUUGAUGGACAAUGAAACCAACAAAAUUGUCUAUCUUCAACUAAUUCAGAGCAACGAAGUCGGUGGAAGUUAUCACAUGGAAAAAGAGGGAUUAAAACGUUGUCUUGAUAAGCUGGAUGCUAAUGGUUUAGCUGUUGACUACAUAGUCACCGAUCGCCAUCCUCAAAUUCAAAAGUACCUGAGAGAGCGUGGCAUCACCCAGUUCUAUGAUGUGUGGCACUUUGAAAAAGGUUUGUCCAAGAAGCUUGAGAAGCUUUCAAAAAGGAAAGAAUGUGAGGUGCUGAAAAGAUGGUUGAAAAGUAUAAAGAACCAUGUGUACUGGAGUGCGACUUCCUCCGUGUCUGGCCCGGAAAAGGUUGCCAAAUUAACAUCCUUACUGAACCACAUACAAAAUAUACAUGUUCACAAUAACCCGCUGUUUCCAAAGUGUGAACACCCUGAUGUACUUUCAAGAGAUCGCAAAAAAUGGUUCCAACCAGGUUCACAGGCCCUCUAUAAAGUAGAAAAGGUUUUGAACAACAAGAGAGUUGUCAAGGAUGUUGCAAAACUCAGCCACCACUAUCAAACAUCCUCACUUGAGGCAUUUCAUAGUGUGAUUCUGCGUUUCACACCAAAGAAUGUUGUUUUUCCUUUUAUUGGAAUGCUGUGCAGGUUAUAUCUCGCAGCUAUGCACCAGAAUGAAAAUUGUCAACGUGAACAGGCAAUACUACUGGACAGGCUGUGUACAAAUUUGUAUUUCCAAAAACGAAAAGGGGGGAAUGCACAGCAAAACCAGUGAAAACAGAGCCAACAUAUGGCUACGUGAAGGACCUCAUGGUCCUUGUGCUAGAUGAGGUCUGUUUGGAUCCAGCACCAUAUGUGGAAGAGCUGCAGUCCAUUCCAGUUCCACCACCUCUUUCCUCUCAAUUUGAGAAACCCUCAAAAGAGCAUGUUAUUUCACAGCAUGUUUCAAGAUUUAAUCAAGGGGAGGCCGGAACCCAACAUACUGUCCUGCUGCAUUCGGAAACUCCUGGCGUAUCCGGCGCACCACACAUGACGGGAUGACAACCCUCACUUCACGUCCUAGCCAGCCCCAGCACCAGCUAACAAAGCUGCGAUAUGACAGAUAACGGAAACGCCUAUGGCAAUAAAAGGAAACAGAUGUCAGCUUUGCAUAUCAAACCUUGCAAUUGUACAUAUGUGUAUAUAUUUAUUGUCUAUUUAAGUUUUUUUAAACUGGUUUUCAGUGAUUUGUACUUAGUAACUUAAAAUACAUUUAUUAACAUUUAUUAAAAUACAUUUUACAAA